AUGAUAUCAAUGGCCAGGGUUCAGAUUAUACUAACCAACGUUGACAAGAAAUUGUUCAAGCAAGGUUGGCCACGUGAUCUGGAAUCAGAACUGUUUAGUACUAAGUUCCCUCAGUUAAAGCCCCAAUUAAGUUACUUUAGUCCAUUGCCAUUUCUCAAUCGAAUCGUAAUCAUAUUUGCUGAUGAGGCAAGUGCAAGUCAAGUGUACAAUUAUUUGGUUGAAAACCAUCCCGAUGAUGUUAAGGUAUACCUUUCGGAGUCCUUACUAUCGCAAAGAAGCAAUUCAGAAAAUGAUACCGAUAGGAUAAGUAGGAGUAAGAAUGGUGCUGGAGAAAGACCUAUACUAUCUCUAAACACUGCCCAGGAGGCAAAUGUUUCUUCGCCAACACUUUCACCAGACCGUACUGGCUCCCCCACGCUAUUGAGAUUUGAUGAUAACUCCGAAUUUCAUCUUUAUCAAGAGCCAUUACCCAAGAAUCAAAAGCAACCAUUGCAGGUGGGUACAAAAUGUCUAUGGCAGGAUCAGGGACAACCCAUGUCACCCAGUAUUACUCUAGAUGAAUUCACACAUUAG